UUGGGCAAGUUUGACUUCCUGAACACUACAAUAUGGAUUCUUGCACUUCUUGAAAGUUGAAAUUACAUUUUCUCUAAUGGCUGAUGCAGUUCAAGUAGUAGAACUGCAAACAAGAGAUUUAAAAGCUAAAGAUGGCAUUUCUAAUAGAGAUGACUCGAGUUCAACCAACGAAAACCAGGCUAUUCCAAAAAUCAAACACUACAAAUGGUGGUUGCGUGUGGCCGUCUACAUUAUCUUUCUCUUAGCCGGUCAGGCAACCGCGACCCUUUUGGGUGGUCUUUACUAUGACAAAGGUGGUAAUAGUAAGUGGAUGGCUACUUUUGUUCAAUCUGCCGGCUUCCCAAUUCUGAUACCCGUCCUACUUUUCAUAUUACCAUCUAAAAAUUCCCCCAAAGUUGUCACGUCAGCACCUCCCUUUGUCACGCUGUUGCUUCUUUACUUAUUUUUCGGCUUACUCUUAACGGGUGAUAACUUAAUGUAUUCAUAUGGUCUAUUAUACCUUCCUGUCUCUACAUACUCCCUACUAUGUGCAACACAAUUAGCAUUCAACGCUCUUUUCUCGUACCUGUACAAUUCACAAAAGUUUACUGCUCUGAUUAUCAACUCUCUGUUUAUCCUUACAACUUCAGCCUCACUUAUUGCAGUUAAUUCAGACUCGGAUAACUCGUCAAAAAUCCCAAAAGGUAAAUACAUAAUCGGGUUUUUAUGCACUUUAGGUGCAUCCGCCGGUUACUCUUUGUAUCUUUCCUUAUUGCAACUAUCUUUUGAAAAGGUAAUCAAAAGCGAAAACUUUAGAGUUGUGCUAGAAAUGCAAAUAUAUCCUUCAUUUGUAGCAUCAUGUGGUUCUUUGGUGGGACUUUUCGCUAGUGGCGAAUGGGACGGGCUAAAGAAGGAGAUGAAUGAUUACGAAAAGGGGCCGGUUUCAUACAUAAUGACAUUGUUAUGGAUAGCCAUUGCUUGGCAAAUUUGUUCGGUUGGGAUUUUGGGGUUGAUAUUUGAAGUGUCGUCUCUAUUUUCUAACGUGAUCAGCACGUUGGCUUUGCCCGUGGUUCCUGUUCUUGCUGUUAUAUUUUUCGGAGAUAAGAUGGAUGGUGUGAAGGCUAUCUCAUUGCUUCUUGCCAUAUGGGGAUCGGUUUCAUAUGUGUAUCAACACUACCUUGAUGACUUGAAAUUGAAGGCUAAGGCAAGAUUACUAGCAAGUGCCAGCAAUGGCUUAGAUAAUGUUUAGUCUAUAGUGUUAACAUUGUUUGGUUUGUUAAGAUUUAUAUAGAUCGAUAUAGAUGUUUUUAUAUACUUUUCUAGCUCAAUAUCCACAUCUUCUAGUACAAUUUGUUACACUACAUCUUUAUGUACUUGCAUUUAUGCUUCUAAAGCUGUAUUGAAUUCGGUUCGAGUAGGACUGAAUCAAUGCCAAAUCGAUAUCGUAUAGUACACCUCCGGAUCCUAAAAUAAAAGUUUUAAGUUCUUCAA